AUCCCAUCCCCCUCCGCUCCGCUCCGCCGAAAGGCCCCAAACAGCUCAAACUGUCAACAUAGUUGUCAACACGACUUUUCGUUUCCUAACUAUACCGAACUAUAUAGUUUUUGCAUGAGUUCAACUAGCUGGAAGUAAGAUUUUGCGUCCGUUUCUGAAAUUCUCGACCUAGAGGUUCGUUAUGGAUUUAUCGAAAGUAAAGGAUGAUAGAAAGCUGGAGAUUUGCCGCUGGUAUUACAAGGGUGGAUGGGCGUUUCUUCCUUUCCUAUGGGCUGUAAACUUUGUGUGGUUCUACAAAGAUGCAUUCCAACGUCCACCAUUUGAAGAACAAAAACAAAUUAGAGGAUAUGUAAUUUUUUCUGGGAUAGGCGCUCUAAUAUGGAGUAUAGCGCUUACAACGUGGAUCAUCAUAUUUCAAAAAUAUCGUGUUGAAUGGGGUAGUGUAGGUGAUGAACUGACAUUCCUAAUUCCUUCUGGAAGUCUUUAAAAUAGGUAUUUAUUUUAUUUUUUUAUAACAAACCUAAGAUUUUUAUUAGCACUUGAUGUCCUCUAGAAUGUGAUGGUUGCAAACUGAAGCUUUGUUAUAUUCAUCAUUGAUUUUGAGAACUGUUCACAAUUUUGAUGAAAAUACGCAACUAAACUUCUGUGAUAAGUUUGAUGUUUGAUUGUAACGAGUGACGUACCUGCUUUGAGUCCUUGAAAUAUGUUUUGUUAUGAGUAUUUUAAGCAACCUGUACUAUUUGCCACAAAUCAUUGUCUGCAAGUCUGCGGUAGUUGACUGGAUAAUUAACUAAAUAUCUGGAUCUAACUGAUUUUUUUUUUAAACCUCUGUUGAAAAUUAAAUCAUAUUAACAAUUCUCAA